AUGUCGAUCCCCAACGAGGCGCUGCACAAGCUUGCCCGCGAGAUCGAAGCGCAGGCGGCGGUUUCCCAGCAGCAAAUAGGUCUAGCUCGCACGCAGAUGACGUCAAAACAACGGGAGCAGCGCCUGGUGCGGCUGACGCUCAGCGAGCUCGCCGGGCUGCCCGAUGACGCUGUCGUCUACGAAGGCGUGGGCAAAAUGUUCUCGUCUGCGCCGUUGCCGAACCUGCGGCAGAAACUCGAGGGACAGACCAAGGAACUCGAAAGCGACGUGAACAAGCUCAACCAGCGACUGCUGUAUCUUGAGACAACACAUAAGAACAGCCGCGAGCACAUUGAGCAAAUGUUGCGCGGUCGCUGA